AUGGAGUCUGGCAAGCCCAGCCGGAGCGAUGAUCUCUUGUCGCCCGAGGAGCAAUCGCGCCUGGCGGCGCUAGUCCGCGAGCAUUUCGAUUCAUCGGCGCCGAGGCGAGCGCCAAAGCCUGCUCGGAGCGAGGGAGGAUCGGAUCAGCCCUGGAGCUGCGAUGGAGGGCCGGUGAUCAGUCCCGAGGAGCAGCGCUUGCGGCAGCUACUGGCCGCAUCCGAGGUGCGAUAUUUCGAUCGAUUCCUUCCGCGUCUUCCGAAUGGCAUGGGUGUUGUGAGCAGCGACGAUUAUACAGAGAACGAGUACUACAAGGGGCUCAACUCUGUUGGCUGCGAUUCUCAACACUACACCGUGUUUACCAAGUCCUUGAAGCCUUCACGAAGCGACCCUUGA